AAUACUACCAACCGUCAGACCUGACAUUGGACCUUAGCACUCACAAGCUAGAAAGGACUAUGAACUGUGGAGAGUCUCUGCUGGCCUGAAUUUCCAGCCAGAAAUAUAAACCUGCUUUAAUGAAAAGAUUUAGAUCAAGAAUAAAGUGUUCCAUGAUGUGCCAUUCAUAAAGAACCCUUACAUCCAUUUACAUCGACUUUCAAAAAGGAACCCAUAUAUUUUACGUUUGACCAAAUUCAGUGGGAUGCCCCUAAGGACAACAUUACAAGGUAAGCCUCCUUCAGGGAGGUGGCCAAGGAGAUCAUCAAAGCGGAAAGAUCUCUCCGUCAACAUGAUCAGUCUUCCACUGGCAGAUUUCCGACACCUCACCCACGUUGACUCGGAUGCAAACAGGGACAGCUUUGGAGACCUCUCUUUCCUGAAGCAGGGCCACAGGUUGUUGCUGCAAAGCUCUCAGAGUGAGCAGAACCUGCUCCAGGCCUGUCUGGCCCCUCCAAAGCCUCCUCGCCUCAACCUGAAUGAAACAGAGUUGGGCCAGGACAGUGAUGAUUGGGAGCUCCAAUACCAGCCUUCAGCUGAAAGACGCAAAAAAUGUAACUCUCUACCACUUCUAGACACUGAGGAUGUGGAGGAAGAAGUUUACGAACUGCAUCAAGAAGAAGUCUCUAUCAGUAAAAGCCCUGGCUGGGGGAGCCUCAGCUCAGGUAGGGAUUCAACACAGACUGGUCCUGAGGAAUUCCAGCCAGAUGAAAUUGACACAACUUUCACUUUUAAUCUAGACCUGGGGCCCUCUAUAUUGGAUGACGUACUGCAGGUUAUGGACAAACUCCAACAGUAAAGGAAAAACUGUGCCAUGUGAUGCCUUCUAUAUUAAUGGAAAACCAAUGUAUGGACUUCCUGACUUCACUGGAAGAAUACGAGAUACUGAGUGGUGAGGACAUCUCUAAUUUGGACAAUAAUAAACAAAGCUUGUGGUUGACUUUGACUUUGUGGUUUAAAUAGAAUUUGACCAGUGUCAGGAUAAUCAAGAUUAUUAACAUAUGUUAAAUAUAUUAAACAGAGGACCGAUAACAUAAUAUUUAAGAUUUAAUAUUAAUAUUUCAGUUCCUCUUGCACUGAAACUUAUAAAUUGUAUUGUGUGUUGUGAAAAUACACUGAUAUUUAAUGGUUUUAAAACUUUCAAACUUUCAGGAGGCUGACACAAUAUUUCAAAUACACAUGUUCUAGAAUACUGCGACUCAUAAAGCAACUUAUCACGUAUAUAUUUUAAUUAUUAUUAUAUAUAAUUAUUAUAUUACAAUUCAAUUAUAACAAAAAAAUUACAUUCAAACUAUAAUUUUAAGAAUGCUGAAUGUAUUGUUUUUAUUAAUUAGGAUGUUUAUUGAUGUGUUAUGAAAAAAAUUCUUUUGUUAAAUCUUUUGUUAUUUAAUGUUUCAGUAUUUUAGAGGAGUAGUCCCAGUAAUCCCACCAAAGUCAAUAGCACAGACUGCACAUAAAAUCUCUUGUCAAUGGGAAAGAAUUAAAGCUGUAUCACCUAAACACA